AUGUCCUCCUCAGACGACAGACGGCCCUUGCUAAGGGGUGCGGGUGAGGAGAUCCACGGAUGUCUCAAGAGGCUCCUUUCUUUGCCGUCCCCGUGCUCAUCGGACACCUCCCAGACCUUUGGCGCCAAUGCCGCUGGGCUGCUUUUGGAGAUGACCCGCCUGCUCGUUCUCGGGGCUUUGGGUCCGGCAAUUUCCGUGACUGCGGCUGGGACGACUGAGGCGCGCCCGAAGCCAAGAAAAAGGUUGAGCACCCUGCUGCACGUCGUCGUCUUCUGGUGGCAGCUUGCUGCCUUCAUGCGCCUGAAGUUGAGGCAGCCGGGAGCCCCGCGGCUAUUUGAGGUGCCUGGGGGCCAACUGGGAGCCUGGGCGCUGGCCGCCGUGAAGGCGCCCGUCCUCGUGCUACUGCUGGUCGCAGCUUGUGCGAACUGGCCCAUGGUCCUCGGGGCCGUGGCUGUCAACUUCGUCCUCAUCCUCUGGGCCCGCAGCAUCAGCACUUGA